UUCAGAAAAAAGGAAACGCGGAGACACCGGCGGCUCGCCCCGGUUUCCCAUUCCGGUGGGCGCCGGCCGGAAUCCCAGCCCAGCGCAGACCCGGGAGGGAGACCUCCCCUCCGUCGCGUCCACUAUAAGCAACGCACCGACGCCCCCACAACGAGCCAUGACCCCACCGUCGCCCCCAUCAUGCCGCCGCUCCUCCUGCUCCUCCUCGCCGCCCUCGCGCUCGCGCUCGCCCCGGCCCUCCCCCACGCCGCCGCCGGAGAGGGCGGCGGGUUCUACGACCCGGCGCGCGUCACCCAGAUCUCCUGGCGCCCCAGGGCGUUUCUCUACAGCGGCUUCCUCUCGCACGCUGAGUGCGACCACCUCAUCAAGCUGGCCAAGGGGAGGCUGGAGAAGUCGAUGGUGGCGGACAACGAGUCCGGGAAGAGUGUCAUGAGCCAGGUGCGCACAAGCUCCGGCACCUUCUUGUCCAAGCGCGAGGAUGAAAUUAUCUCUGGAAUUGAAAAGCGUGUAGCUGCUUGGACGUUUCUGCCUGAAGAAAAUGCCGAGUCAAUGCAGGUUCUGCAUUAUGAAGUUGGUCAGAAGUAUGAUGCCCACUUCGAUUAUUUUAGUGACAAAAAGAACGUGAAGCGUGGUGGUCAUCGAGUUGCCACUGUUCUUAUGUACCUGACAGAUGUGAAGAAGGGUGGAGAGACCGUGUUCCCAAUUGCUGAGGGAAGAGAUUUACAACAUAAGGAUGAAACGUGGUCGGAGUGCGCGAGACAUGGCCUGGCAGUGAAGCCAAGAAAAGGCGAUGCGCUACUGUUCUUCAGUCUCCACGUUAACGCGACAACAGAUCCGAGCAGUCUUCACGAGAGCUGCCCAGUAGUCGAGGGCGAGAAGUGGUCUGCCACAAAAUGGAUUCAUGUCCGGUCAUUCGACAACCCUCCAGAUGUUAUGACGGACGCACGGUGUUCUGAUGACAAUGAGCAAUGCCCUAGAUGGGCUGCUAUUGGGGAGUGUUACAAGAAUGCAAAAUACAUGGUGGGCACGAAAGACACCCUUGGUUUGACCUCUGAGCAUCUUUGA